AUGUCAGAAAUGACGAGUUUAAUAUAUUUUUAUUUGUUUCUACUAAUUUCAGUGACAGAUGUAUUAUCAAAUCUUUCAACCGAAGAUUGCAAGAGUUUAGGUUAUAAUCAAGCAAAUUUGUUUUGUUCUACUUGUGACAGAUUUAAAAAAUUUGAACUAAAUGAGAUUUUUAAUAUAUGCAAGGAAUGCUGUUUAAAAGAUGAAGAUGACAACUUUAAUUUAAAAAAGUGGCCAAAAGCUGUUCUUGAAGUUUGCACCUGUAAAUUUGCAGCUUAUCCCCAAAUUCAAGCUUUUAUCAAAAGUGAUCGACCAAAUAAAUAUAAAAAUUUACAAAUUAGGUAUGUUAGAGGUUUGGAUCCAGUAAUGAAAUUAUAUGAUGCUGAAAACAAAUUAGAAGAUAUACUUGAUAUUCAUAAAUGGAAUACAGAUUCAGUAGAUGAGUUUCUCAUUACUCAUUUAUUAAUGGAUUGAUUAAAUAACAUACAGAAAUAUGUGUAUCUGAUUGGAAUGGAAAUUCUACACUUAUUAAUAUAAUGUAACAAAAAUGAUGCACUGAUAAAAUAAAGUUGAAAUAACUUAACUAA